GUAGGUAUUUAUAUCGAAUUGAUAGUAAAGCACCUGUGUAAAUACCAUAAGAUGCCAACGAGUCGAAUUUAAAAGAUUUUUGUAUUAAGUAGAUCUAUGAUGUUUAAGUUCCAUGUCAGGUGUCCCAAUUUCGACAUUCAAAGGAGUCAGCGCAGGAAUUAAAUAAAGGGAUAUUCAAAACAUGGAGGCUGCUGGUGCGUACGGUGGAGGAAAAGCCGGUGGAGUUUUCGAUCCAAUUUCGUUCAUUCAAAGACCUCAGGUGAUACUUCGUGUAGUAUGCUGGCUGUUUUCCAUAAUAGUAUUUGGUUGUAUAUCAUCCCAAGGUUGGAAAAUUGACGCGACAAGUAAAAAACACCUUUGUCUCUACAACGACGAUGCGAACGCAUGUAAUUACGGUGUCGGUAUAAGUGUUAUAGCAUUUUUAGCAAGCAUGGGAUUACUUGUUGGAGAAUAUCUAUUUGAACAGAUGUCAUCGGUUAAAACUAGGAAACACUUCGUUUUGGGCGACUUAGGCUUUUCAAGUUUUUGGGCUUUCCUCUACUUUGUAGGGUUUUGGUACCUAGCAAGUCAGUGGGGAAAAUCAGAGCCUCCUCCAUUUGGUGUUGGAGUAAAUAACGUACAGGCUGCCAUUGCUUUCUCAUUUUUUUCCAUUUUCACUUGGGCUGGCUCUGCGUUUUUUGCAUAUCAGCGUUUCCGUCAAGGUGCUGGUAGUGCAUUUGCAACAAAUUAUGAAAACGAAUCAGGUAUGGCUACUACGUAUCCAUCUUAUCCUGGUGGACCGGAUUCGGAACAACCCUAUCAAGAACCACCCUUCUCGACUGGACCUAUUCCUAGAGGUCCGUCAGAUUUCCAAGCCCCGACUUAUUAAAACCAGUUGUGGACGACGACUCUUCAACUAGAGAAUUUUCAACAGUAAUUCUGAUUCGUAAAGAAAUCCAGGAUGAUUUUACAUCCGCAACGUUAACAGUCAUUAUUGUACUUAGGAAGCAAGUAUUAAUAAAACUCAAUAUUAUUGGUUUCGUGUACAAAAUAGUGGUUAGACUGGUUGUUACAUUUUGAUGUAAUCGAUGUAUGUAAUUUACUUCAUUUGGAAUCGUGACAAAAAAAAACACUAACAGAAACUUUGGUAAAAAUUGGUUGUUUAUACUUACUAACCUUUAAACGCCAUUCCAUUUUAUAAAAUUGUUUGUGACUAAAUUUUUUUUCUUUACGUCCACUUGUUUAUAAUUUAAUCUAUAUUUCCAGAUCUUUCAUUCAAUUUCCUUCCCCUACAUUUUCUAAAAAUGUUGGUACCCAGUUCCAUGACCAAUUUUAGACCAUCGAAAUGACUUUACGAGUUGAGUCAUAUUGUAAAUCUUCAUCUACAUAUUUGUUUUCUGGUUUAAUUAUGAUUCCAUCUUAAUGUUUUGAUUGUUAUUUCAAACAGUUUAUAUGUAAACGUUGCUUUCAAAACAAAUUUCAAAUAUUUCACCAGCAAGGAUGGUAAAAUGACAAGCAAGAUGCCAUAUACAAUUUUGAAAAUAAUGGUUUGAUAAAGAUGGGAUCCACGCAUACCGAUAUGUGUUUUUGCAUGUGUAGGUUUUCAUUAUAAAAAGUGCUGCAUGAUAAUUAUUUGAAGUAAGCUAUAUACGUUUGAAGUUUCAUUGUGACCAAUAUGUCUGCUUUGCUAGUCACUUAUAUCACCGGAUGUUAUUUUUAAAAGAUUGUGAUUACCUAUGAGGCUAGUUUUAUAAACAGAAGAGGAAAUUUGAAAACUAUCGAAAAUAAAAUAACAAUAUUAACAAAGUCUAUUUAUUGAAUUUAUUAUUUCAGUUGCCAAAAUAUUUUGUCGAUUAAAAUGCUUGUCACAUUUUCUUAUUCACACAACUUAACCUCACAUUUUAUUCAUACAGGAAGUAACACUUGACAUAUGUCAAACAGUAAAGAACAAUCUUUGAUAAUUUGAUUGUCUAGUAAAUAUUCAGAUUAUACAUUCGGAAUGUUAGGUUAGGUUCAAAUUAUCCAAAGUUACAGAAUAGACCCCUAAUUGAUUAUCUUGUACAAUUUUAAUUUUUUCAAACGAUUUUGUUAUAGAUUUCGUUAAAAAUAUUGUUAAUCUUUGUUUGGGAUUGAUAAAAAUUUUCAUUAUAUUAUAACUAAUGCAUUUUCGAUAAGUUUUCAAAUUUUCCUUCGAUACCUACCGGUUUUUCCUUCUACUUUAUUGUAAAAUAAUGUAGUGAUUAAAAAAAUGUUGAAUAUAAAUAUAUAAAUAAAUGUUGAAAUAAUUAUUUUAGUAAACAGUUCAAUGUACAGUCGAUAUUACAUUAAAUAUUAUUGUAUCUAUGUGUGACAAUAUCAGGCUUUCGUAGAAAAUUUUUAUAAUUUGUUGUAUCCUUGUGGUGGCCAUUUGUAACGUAUGUAGGUGCUAGAAACAUUUUUUUUAUUUUCACAUUUAGCAUUAUGAAAAUUUUUUAUCUCAUAAAUUGGAGAUUAUUAAGAAAAACGUACCAAGCAUUAACAAAAAAAAUGAAAUUGCGCAACCAAUUUUUCAAAUAUUGCUACCGUAAAGUCGGGUGACUUACUUUGAGAUUUUUACAUACUAUAUUUCAUUAAAAUAAACUCAAAUACCUUUAGUAGAUGUUCUAGGCCAGUUCUAGAACGAAAGUGACUUAUACGGACAUAUCGUCACGUCUAACCGCAGAAAGUAACGGCAACAUAUGAUUGAAAAGACUUAUCUUGGGGUGAAAAAGUAAUGAAUCCACCUUUAUACAUCUGUUUAUCCAAAAAAAUUAGAUAUAACCGAAUCAAAUUGGACAGAGGUGGUUUCAAAAUAAUUGUUACCUGCUUGGGGCAUUUAGAAACACUUUAUUCAUUAUAAUCAUCAUUUAUUAUCUUAGAACAUAGUGAAUAUAUUACUCUCAAAUUCUUACAUACAAAAAUUUUGAAAUAAAAAACAUUUUUCUCCCGAAAUCAUCCCCUGAGACAAGUCAUCCGAUUUUACUUAUCUACAUCUACAAGAUGUGCAUGUUAUGUAUGUUAUAUUGAAAGAGAACUUAAAUAAUUUAUUUUAAUAUCAAAAAUGACAAUAAAAUGAAUCACAGGAAAGUUUAAUAUUUAUUCUAACAUUAGAAAUACUUGAAAAAAUUCACAUAAAAACCGAAUACAACGAUGCACUAUUGUUUUUUGUGUUAAAAAUAAACCAAAUUCGAUUUAUGCUGCUUGAACGUGUAUAGAAUAUUACAUAGAUACAUUGUUCCUGUGAAGGUGAUAGUUUUAGCGUUUCUUAGCAAUAAUUAUAUUCUCGAAAGUUGAUCUGGUUUAAGUUAAGUCGCUUUUUUCUUGUAUUACCUUGAGGUCUUUAAAAUUUUAUUGUUCUGAAUAAAUUUCAAUCGAAAGAAACUACAUCGAAUAAAUAUUUUCAAAGGAAAACACUUUUUUGUUUUCCAUUGAAAUGUGUGCUAAAUCUAUUUGUAAUCAUUUUAUUAUGCACUUAUUGCACAUAUUCAAAUUUUGGUCUAUAUUGACUGAAGUGUUGAAGUUAGGUUAGGUACUACAAUGGAACCGCGAGUAAUUCUAACCUAACCUAACCUUACUCGCUGCUAACACUAUCUUUGUUUAACACAAACGAUUAAAUGUCAUUUUAAAGGUAUAUUUUUUUUAAUCGAUUCAUAUCCGAUACAUCGUUUCAGUCACUAAGCGAAUCGAUUGUCGGAACGGAAAGCGCGUUCCUAUACUCAUUCAAGGAGCGUUUCAAUUCGAUUCAGGCAGUCUAUAAUAUUAUUUGCAUAUUGAUUACACUGUUUACACUACACCAACACUUACGAUUACACUGCCCAACGCGCGUUUCGAUAACCAAGUUAUCUUCUGAAGUUAAACUGCAACCUAAUGACUUGACUUACCUGUUUUAUACUAAACUUUCCAACCAAUAAAUUCCAGCGGGAGUCUUCACAUUUAUUUCUCGACUACUAAACCAUAUUUCAAAUGAGCUGUGUGCUCUUGAAACCGGACAAUAACGGAUCUCUUAGUCUGUCCAAUAUACUUCCCACAACUUCAUUUUCGAUUUGGAAAAAAAGUGGUUUCACAUAGAGAUUUCAUUAAAUAUAAUUAACCAAGUUUGGUAUUAAAAUUGUUUAAUAAAUAUCCAUAUAAUAAGGUAUUUUAAGGAUCUUAAGGUGUUACUUUCAUGUAAAUUUCGUCUGGGAAAAGAUGAUCCUCAUUUUUAUAUUAGAAAAGAAUGUUUUUUAGUUUUGGAAAUUUGAAUGUAUAAAACAUUUAUUACGUGUAAUAUUUAUGUUAUCAAUAAAUGUUAUUUAUAAAUAUA